AUGCAACUCUCUCGCGAAUACACGCCCGAAAACCACCCAACCUGCGGAGUCCAUCUCUCGAAUGAAACGAUCACCGAAAUUCUUGAAUUCCUUAUCCCUGGAUGCAUUAUUUUAUCCAUUACGCCUCUUGAACACGGAAAGUCGUUUAACAAUCGUAUCAUUUUCAUAAAGAUCGAAGUACCCUACGACUACCUGAUCGCUGGCUUAAGAAAUGAAUCUGUCAACGAGCUUGUUCUGAAAUUAAACGGGCAAUUCUUUGACCUUUCAAAGAGCCUUAACGAGGUCUCAUGUCUUUCUUUACUCCGUGCUCUCAUUCCGGAGGUACCAUCACCCAAUGUUCUUGCUUGGUCUAGUACCAAGUCCUCCAUUAUUCAUAGAUUCACUCCACAAGGGAUUCCAGAAAGGAAAAUCCUCCAGCUCCGGUCUGAAGACCUCGAACAGCAUCAUGAGUGGAUUCUGAUGACUACGGUUCCCGGUAAUCCCUUACCGAAUUUCGACUUGGGGAAAGAAGAACUCAAAACUAUCGGAAGGCAACUAGCAGACAUAGUUUUCGGCUGGCGAACGAGGCUGCCUAUUUCUGCUACUGCUGGAAACCUUUACUGCAAAGCAAGUAACGAAAGGACCCAGGCUCUCAAUUGCUUUGAAAUUGCUGGCUUACAGAUAGCCCCUUCAUCGAGCAUGGCCGGUUUUGACGUUGAAGUUCUUGAACCCAUCACAAAUAUGAUUCAAUACUACCGAUUGAAGCUCGAAACAAGGCUUCGAAAGCUCCAGGAUCUCGAUGUCUUCAAGAAGAAUGCAUACCUAAUCCCUAUCAUUCGACAAUUCAUAGCUGCUAGACUUCCGCAGCUAGAAAUUUGCAAGGGCGAGGAUCACUUUACUUUUACACACAACGAUCUCUCGCCACGCAACAUUCUAGUAUCAUUGGAUCCCACAAGGAUUACUGGUGUGAUCGAUUUUGAGUUUUCUGGGUUCUUCCCCGAACUAGAUGAGUUCGUCAACGAUGCAGUGUGCAACGAAGGCGACUGGCCUGCCGCUUUAUAUGAAGCAUAUUUGGACAGACUUGAGGAGUGUGGAAUGAAAACACCGCGGAAUGGCGUCAAUGAACGGUUGUGGAAAGAAGCCACGAUGCUCGCCCGGUUAGAGGAAAAUAUAGCUCCCUGGUGGCUCGAGAAUAUCUCACCGAGUGACCAAAAUGAUUUGUCUGAAGAGCUUGUGCGACCGGGAAAAAUGGUUCUAGAGGCGAUCCGGUUGCUUCAUUCUGCUACGUAA